AUGUUGUUUUGGGAUAAAGCACGCAUGACGUUCAAGAUUUGUGUGGUGUUUUUCUAUGACCAGUGGGCGAUCAAGAUGCAGUUUUUGAAACGUCAUUAUAAACUUUGGAUUCGUGGACGUGGGGUUGUAGCGUUACAGUGGGAAGCUGGAGCUGAGACGGAAGAACGCGUGCAGUGUGUUGUUGUGGCGGAGAGGAAUAUUUUGAAGAAGGCAUUGGAAAGACAACCACAGUUGUUUACGUUUCCCCAUAGUUUGAAGAUUGAGGUGACGUACGAGGAACCUCAGCGCUUGCCGACUUCGGAUCAAUUGCGCUACCUUCCAUCGAAAACGAUUACUACCCGGGACUUGCACUCUGCAACACCUACCUGGCAAACUGUGGUUCAAGCUCAGGCACUACCGAACAAGAAGCUCAACCGUGGACAACGCACGCUUAGUGAAGCAAGAACGACAUCAUCCGCGUAUCGGUAUUCGCCCUUGGCCGAGUUGGUAUCCGGACAUGCUGACAUUUACGGCGUUGUCGUUAAUAUAACGCUUCCCAAGAAAACUGCUGGACGUGAUAUGGUCAUGACUGUGAGUGUGACGGAUGAAAGUUGCUCUACACGCGCUGACGCUAUCCAGAUCAAUGUGUUCUACCCUACCAUUGCUCAAAUGCCUAAGAUCAAGUAUAUUGGAGACAUCAUCCGUUUUCACAAAGUCAAAGUCCAGGAAUACCAAGGCAACAUUCAAGGCCUCAGUCUACCACGUAUAACACGGCACCUUGUUCUUCGGGAAAGUGAUGACGGAAAACUCGAGCAGCUAACAUGCUCGAAAACAUGGACCUUCGAAUCUUCAGAUGUAGAGCGUACGCGUCAACUUCAGAAAUGGGCUAGGAAGAGUUUGGCCGAGGAUACUACUUUACCUCAAGGAUGUUCACAGGCACCGAAGCUGCUUACCGAACUGAAGUCCGCAGAAGGUUUUAUUGACCUCGUGGUACGCGUCUUACAUUUGGAUGACAGCGAAGAGCCAACUCGAGUAAUUAUUUGGGACGGUUCAGGAAACAUGGCCGAGUCAGAUCGGACUCUAGUUUGUGCCUUACAGAAAGAAGGCGCUGGUGUGCCGGCCAACGGGAUUCUGAAAGAAGUCAUCAUGUCGUCCUGCUGGUCUGUUCUGCGUGAUAUGGGAUUCGUCGACGGAAUGCUCACACACUGGUGUCGCUUCCGCAAUCUAGCAGUGGGAAAAGAUGAGCCCAUUACCGGGGCUACUAUAGCUCUAGCAAGAAACGAGAUCCUUCGGUUUCGGGAGGUGACAUCACUUGUGAUGAUGCCUGAGUACAUGCCGGAAGUGCAAUGCCGUCUCUCAUUAGCGAGCAAGCUUAACUCUGAUAAAGUUAUCCGUGUCCAACCACGUGCGCUUACCCCAGCUGAGACACAUCGUCCAAGUCAAAGCCAACGAUCUCUCUCGGAUAGCCCCGUCAAGGUUACUACCGUCAUCCCCGUUCGUAUCCAAAACAAUGUACCGGUGACUCCGCUGCGAGAGAUCAUGAACUCCCGACAAACCCCUCGGAAAUUUCAUUGCUGUGCUCGUGUCCGCAGCAUUUGGCCAUCGGAUGUUGAAAAGAUCUGCAAGCCCAAGCCUGGGAAAAGUGGCGAGUCCGUUUAUACCUUCGCUUUGACAGUCGAAGAAGGUUGUGAUUCCCUGAACCUAAUUGUGUACGGCAAAGAUGCGGAACACUUUCUUCACGGCAUUCCACCAUGUGAUCUCAGCAAAAGUACCAACUCCAAGGCAUUAUUGAAGAACCGCCUCGGUGCGCUGUUGGACGCUCCCAACGCUUUCCAUUGGUGCAUCAAGUCCUAUACAGUGUCGUUGCCACCGGCUACUAGAAAUUCUGAUGGUCCAACAACCGCGAUUCGUUAUCGCUUGUUCGACACACUGCUUCAAUGCUUGUAA